AUGAUUCAGAGCCCGCUGUGCUACAGCCACUAUACCACGCCUGUGAUGGACAUCCCCGAGAUGGUCCGCGACCGUUGCUCCCACACGGAGUGUGUCCGAGGUUGGAAGCAAGCGGAGGAGCAUCCGAUUUGCAGCUCCCAAAUGACCGAAAUCGGCCGAUCCCGCGGCGAGGGCAUGAUGCACAUGUUACAUCAGAUUUGGGGGGCGAGAAUCGGCACUCCAUCGGGUGCGCUGUCAUACUAUGAUUCCUGCAUCCACCCGACUUCGCAGCACAAGCCCAACUUUAUCGUUUGA